CGCCGGAGCACAUGCAUUGUUCGAGUUAUUAGGACGUAGGACGGCCGGCUGACGUUGCCUACCUAGGUAUCCACUUGUGGACUCGGACUUUUAACAGGCUCGAGGACUCGUUAAGCCACAUAUGGAUGGCAAAAAAAUUAUUUGCUCUCAACAUCUUAUGCAGAGAAGAGGAUUGAAUCUUCAGGAAAAGCCACAGCCGAGCGGCUAGAGUGGUGGAUCAAACCAGACGAUGGUACAUGUUCCGUAUCCAGGCGUGGGACAGAUGACUAAGUCAGGACGUAUCUGGAAUAGAAGAAGUCGGGAACCCCCACAGCACCCAAGACAUGCCAAGCACGACGCGUUUUUAUUCAGGCAGGGCGAUGUACCCUGAUGGUCAAGCGACGAUGGGGUAGAUAUCCACAUCAUGACCAGGCGGCCACUCAGGGAGCCCAUGAUUGCGCGAGAUUUUGUUAUUGGGGAGCUGGGCAGGACUUCCCGCCUGACUAGGAGGGGGAAAUGCAGAAGCGGGUGUUCCUGCAUGCAAGUGUAGCAUGCCCCUCCCUCGGGCCUUCAUAUACUUGCGCAGUCUGCUGCGCAGACUCGCCAGUGUGCUUUGGUUCCCGCUGAGGCUGGUAAGACAAUUUUGUUUUUGGUGCAGAUCCUAUCGACGACUGGACGGUUGUAUUGGGAUCAUGGGAGCGAGUAGUUGCGACGCCUCCGGGCACAAGACCGACGGGGUGGCCCGGGUGAAGGCGGUCUUCCUAGGAGACGAGGCGAAGAGCAAGGAGGAACGAAGACUGGUGCAGAAGUUGGACUGGGUCAUCUUGACAUAUUGCUGCCUCAGCUCCUUCUUCAACUAUCUCGACCGGUCCGCCUUUGCGAACGCCUAUGUUGCUGGCCUCAGAGAAGACCUUGACCUGCAUGGCGCCGACUACAACAUCGUCCUCUCCAUGUUCACGGCCGGCUCCGUCAUUGGCCAGAUCCCCCACGGGAUCAUUAUCCAGAAGUUCCCACCCCGGAUAUGGCUGCCCUCCAUGGUCGUCGUCUGGUCUGCCCUGACCAUGGCGUGCGCCGCCUGCAAGACGUACGAGCAGCUCUGCGUCGUGCGCUUCUUCCAGGGCUUCGCGGAGGCCAGCACGUACUGCGGCACCAUCUACAUCAUCGGGUCGUGGUACAAGCCCCGCGAGAUCGCCAAGCGCACCGCCAUCUUCACGGCCUCGGGCCAGGCGGGCACCAUGUUCGCCGGCAUCAUGAUGACGGCCAUCUACAAGGGGAUGCAGAACAACGGCGGCCUGAAGGGGUGGCAGUGGCUCUUUCUGAUAAACGGCAUCAUCACGCUCCCCAUCGCGGCCGUGGGCUUCUUCUUCUUCCCCGACACCCCCGAGACGACGCAGGCCAGGUGGCUCAGCGCCGAGGAGCGCGAGCUGGCGCUGCAGCGGCUCCCGCCCAAGAGCAAGGACGGGCACAACAUCGACCCCUGGCCGCUGGCGAGGCGCGUCUUUGCCAACCCGGCGCUGUACAUCCUGUGCCUGUGGGCCGUCAUCACGGGCGCGCUCGAGGCGUACGUGGUGCAGAGCCUGUUCCUGCUGUGGAUGAAGUUCCACUCGGACUCGUUCACGCAGGCGCAGAUAAACACGUACCCGCUCGGCGUGCAGGCCGUGGGCAUCGUCUCCAACUUCCUGGCCGCCGUGCACGUCGAUGCCACGGGCAAGAGGGUGCCCAUGGGUGUCCUGGCCUGCCUGCUGCAGCUGACCGCGGCUGUCAUGUUGAUGGUCCCGACGCUGCCUUUCGCAGGCACAUUCUUCGCAUACUACCUCUCUGGCACGAGUUAUAUGGUGAACCCAGUGUCGUAUGGCUGGGCGAGCAUCAUCACCCAGCGGGGCGGGGAUGACGCCGUAAGGUCUGUUAUCUUGUACGCAAUGAACGCGUGUUCCACCUGCUUGUACACGUUCUGGGGAAUCGCACUGUAUCCAGCCUCGGAUGCACCAUACUGGAAAAAGGGAAAUAUUGCCAUGAUAAUCGUGGUGGCGGUGAUGCUGGGCGGCCUCUUCGCAGUCAACUGGCUGGACAAACACACGCUGCGAAAGUUCCCCUACGGCGACACGGCCCUGAGAGAUAUUGUAGGUGUGGGCGACAGCGACGUGGUGGUUGUUCCACAUGCGGACGUCGAAAGUGAGAGUGACCAGGAGAAAGGGGUAAAAGACAAGUGCUGAGGCGGUCUGCCUCAGCCAAUACCUAGAUGAAUUUGAGUUAGAUGCACAACUUUGAGGAUCAUUGCACGGCCUGGCGGUCGACAGAACCGCCAUCAGCAGUUUUGUGUGGUUUAUAUUUCUCUUGCGUGGGUUGAGAGGUGAAGUGUGGGAUUCGUGAAAGCGAGCCUUGGCAACGAAGGCGAGAUGCUUGGACGUUGAGCUGCGGGAGUGGGGACCGAGUCGAUGGAGCUGACGGGCCAUUCCCGUGGCAUACUCGAGGAUGGCUUGAUAGGACGCCACAUGUACACUAGAUAAUUUUAGUA